AUGUCAUCAACGCGAACAGCUCCACGAACAACAUCAAAUAGUAAAACAACAUCUUUGAAUACUCAUACAAAUGGUGCCGGUAAUUCAUAUGAUAUGAAUGAAUCAACGUCAAAUUUGAAUUACCCCGCUGGCAAUAAUCCAGAAUUCGAUUCAAAUCUACAACGAUCAUCGUUAAAAAGAAAUGUAUCGCAAUAUGAGGGUAUCUAUCGAAAUGCUCGAUUUAUUCAUGCAAUAAGUAGUGGGCUAAUGGGUCAACCAGUAGUUAUUCAAACAAGUGAUCAUGAACGAUUUCAUGGUGUACUCGAAACACUUUCACCUAAUGGCGAUGUCGUUUUAACUGUUUCACAUCGAUUAGAUAAUAAUAACAGUAAUGAUCUAGUAGCUUCAUCAACCGUACCAAUUGAUCUUAUUGAUACAAUCGAUAGUUCAUCGCAAACAUUUGAAUUACAUAAACGAAUUAUUAAAGUUCAGCACAUUGUUGAGAUCAUAGCUGCCGAUGUUGAUCUCUCUACAAAUGCAAAAUGUUCACUUGAAGAGAAUCCUAAAGCUACGCCUUUAGAAGAUGAUCGUUUUAGUCGUAUGGAACAUUUUUAUGGUUCAGAUGAAGUUGAUCCAGAAACAUUAGAAGAUCUUGAAAUAGGUGAUGAUGGAAAGGCCGGUUUCGAUGCUGAGGAUAUGUUUCAUACAAAUAGAGAAAAAUUUAAUACAACAACUGAUUUUGAUGAAAGCAAAUAUACAAAUGUUCCUGUUCGUCAACUUUCUGCAACUGAAUCAGCAGAAAUUGAUAAAAAAGUUCAAGAAAUAGAAAAAGGAACACGAACGGAGGAAAUUGAUGAAGAUGAUGCCGGCGUCAAACGUCCAAUUGAAUCAAAUAAUAAUCUCGAUGAUAAAAAUAGUAAUAUAAAAACUAAUCGCUCAAAUCGCAAUGAAUUUCGCUAUGAUAAUGACUAUAAUCCUUCGAAACGCGAUAAUUGGCGCGAACAACGUCAUACUGGUAAUAAUAACAAUCGUCGUGGUGGUGGUGGUGGUGGGAAUAAUUCCAAACAAAAUCAAUACGUACCAACAAAUAAUCGUCAACAAUACAACCCUCGUAUAUCGCGUAAUAAUCGUUAUGCUGACAAUCGAUCGCCACAUCAAGGACGAGCUUCCCCGAUACAAACAACAACUGAAGAAUCAAGUCAACAUCAACGAAUAAAUAGUGGCAGUUUUUCACAUGGACAAUCUUCGGGCCCAGAAAGUUCAUCAGCAACAGUGUCUGCUCGUACUAUUUAUCCUAGUGCAAAUCGAGCAUCGAAUAAUCAAAAUUCACCAGCAGCAUACUCUGGUAGCCCAUCAUCACGUACGAAUUCCAUAUCAACUACAUCGCCAUCAUCAAAUCAACAGCCAGGAACAAAUAAAAUGGCUAAGAAACCAUCACUGAAUGAACAACAACCAACACAUGAUGAAACUGAUCAACCAAAACAACAGCGCCCUUCAAAUAAUCAAACAAAUACAACUCCAUUGAAUCGUCCAUCAAAUUUACAAUCUAAACAACAAACAUCUUCAACAAAUAAUAUUAUUCUACCAUUGUCAGCACAGUCAAAUCAAGAUGACAAUUCAACUAGUCAUGAUUUAACUCAUACAAAUCAAUCUAGUACUACUGGAACAACUACACCAAAUUCAACUAGAUCAAAUGGUGCUUUAAAUCCUGAAGCAGAUGAAUUCGUUCCUGUAUUUUCACAUGAAAGCAAUUCUCGGCCAGAAUCACGUGGCACAUCGACAACAAGCUCAACCUCAAUCAAUGCUUUUAUUGCACAUGCUCAUCCACAAGCACUUCAUCUUUUACAACAACAACAGCAACAGCAUGCUCAAUCUCAAGCGGCGCCCUCGAUAAUUCCAACAAAUCAUCCCCAAAAUGCAGCAGCUUUAUAUCAACAAUAUUAUCAUGCAGGAUUUCCUACUAUGCCACAAUUUAUUAAUACAACACCCCAACAAAUGACAGUUGGAGUGAUGAGUGCACCAAUGAUGCAUUCACAACAAUUGAUUACGACUGGGUCAAAUACGAAUAAUUCAAGUAAUGGAAGUUCAAGCGGAAUGACAACACCUAAUAGCUCAGUUAGUGCUGGUCCAACUUAUAAAAUUAAUAAUAAUCAAGCACAGAGUGGAGAUAAUGGUGCUAGCGGAGUAAAUAAUGUCGCCCCAAAAAAAGCUGUUGUUUCUGUUCAACGUGCAGAACAAUCAAAUACUCCUCAACAGUCAGUGCCUGGCGCUCCACAAAUGAUGUUUCCAGCUCAACCAAUUCGAUAUUAUUCACCGGAUUAUCUCACACAACAAGGUACGCCAACAUCUAUGCAACUACAACAAGUUCCAUUUUAUUAUCAAAUGAAUCCUUCAGGUCUCAUUCAAGCAGCAGGAACUGUUGGCCAACCUCAGAAUAUUAUGAUUCCAACAACAAAUACUUCAGCUGGAUCAACUACACCAGGCAUACCUCAAAUGCAUUACGCAGGACUUUAUGCGGAUCCACGUAUGUACAGUUUAUAUUCGUCAGCAGCAGGUGUACAUCCUCAUUGGCAAUUAGCGCGCUCACCUCCUCAACAGCAGCAACAGUCAACAAUUGAUCAACCACGUGCCUAUGGUAAUGGGCAAAAUGCAACACCUCAACAAGCUUCAUCAACCAGUGCGACUAAUACCACUGGUCGACCAGCAUCAGCAUCAGGUCAAACAAGUUCUGGCAGUAGUACUAGUGGCCAUCCUAUUACUCCACAAUAUACAUUUAAUGGUGCCAUGCCCACUGCUUUUGCAUAUGGAACACCUGCUGGGUGGAUACCUGCUCCACAACAAGUUCAGUCGCUUUCAGCAAAUAUGUCGCCACAAAUGAAUGCCGCAUAUAAUAUAAUGUUUGAUCCCUCUCAACAAAUACAACAACAGCAACAAGCCGCAUAUUUACAUCGAAGUCAAUACGAGGCAGCUGGCUAUUUUCCUCAACUAUCGCAACCACAACCUCCCACACCAGCGCAACAACAACAACAACAGCAGCAGCAGCAACAACAACAACAACAACAACAGCAACAACCACCUUCCCAACCCGGCUUAGACACAGUAUCGCAAGGCAAUUAUAAUCGUUAA